AUGAAUUUCUUCAAGUGGACAGCACCCUCUCCGCCCGAGCCGGUGACAGUGCUGGAACCACUUCAUCCCUUCUAUCCUGUCGGUGUCGAGAUAGCAAACUUUGUUGCCAAUGACAAGACAGUCGCCCAACUGCUCGCUGUCUUUGCUGCCGGGUGUGCCGUGAUAUUGGGUACGACAUGGCUAUUCAGCGGAAGAUUGGCACCCCAUUUGAAGACCAUGGACAGAGUCAUAGUAUUGUGGUUUUGUUUGACUGGUUCGAUACAUCUCUUCUUCGAAGGGUACUUUGCCUACAAUCACACUCGAAUGGGGGGAGCACAAGAUAUUUUUGGUCAGCUUUGGAAGGAAUACGCGUUGUCCGAUUCGAGAUACCUCACAUCUGACCCCUUUGUCCUAUGUAUGGAGAGUAUCACCGCUAUCUUUUGGGGUCCUCUUUCCUUCCUGAUGAUAUAUCUCAUCAUUACUUCUCAUCCUCUGCGCUAUCCUGUGCAAGCCAUCGUCUCUCUAGGCCAGGUCUACGGCGACGUACUCUAUUACGCUACAAGCCUAUUCGACCACUACUACAAGAAUUUGACAUAUUAUCGACCAGAGGCGUACUACUUUUGGUUCUACUUCGUUUUCAUGAACUUCAUCUGGAUUGUGAUACCGGGCAGCCUGCUAGCAGACAGUGUCAUCACCACAGCACGAGCAUUCAAAGCGUUGAAUCGAAUGUCCAAGACUUUACAAGGCAAUGGAGUUGCAAAGAAGCCAAAGCAAAAUGGCCACGUCAAGCGUGCAUGA